CUGAAUCUCAUCCUUUUAUUUAGUUAUGUAUACCAUAUUUAGAUAUUAAUAAUCUGUCCCCUGAGUGAAAAGUAAAUACUUAAUUUUUCAUUUUUCGAAUGUGAAGUGCUAUUUGAGUUAUUCUUAUUUCAUUUCUUAUUUAACAUGAAGAUACAAGAAGGUAUUUUUCGAUAACAACAACAAGAAGUUAUUGUCUAAAGGAACAUGUCGAAAACCCCUUUAAAAAGUGCGCAAGAUAUAAACUUCCAUUUUAGCCCGAAGGAAAUUACCAGCCCAAAUAAGGAUAGCCCUGGGAUAUCGAAGACUGUAUACACUCAUCUUACAACUCUGCAUCGUCUGUUAAAUGACUGGUUGAGUGUCAGGAUUAAAGGAGUACAGAUUUGCAAAACAUUAAAUGCUUUGAAACUGCAUGAAUGUGAAGAUGACUACUAUCCACACCAAAUUAAACCACUCACUGAGAGUUUAUUGCAAUCAUUGGACGCUCUGAAGGAUAUUGUCGAUGGAGCUGAAAUAAUAAACAGCCAGAUGCAGGCGUUAUCCAAAUUACAGUUACAUGAAGAACCUGUCAUCAACACUUGGUCAGUCAGUGAAAUAUCUGCAAGUAUCAGCAAUAUAUGUAACACAUUACAAAAGGAGCUCAGAUUAAAGCAGGUUAUAACAGAAAAUAUAGCACAUUGCAGGGAUGAAAAUUUAAUUGAAGUUUAUGCUAGUGCUUGGGAAUUUGAGAUAUAUUUUAAUAUGGAGUCAAAUUCUUAUUUAUUUGCAGAAGUUGGUUUAUUAUGA